AUGAGUGCGGAGAAGCCAAACUUUCUGUCUCAACCCGAGGUGAAAAAUAUCUAUUUCUAUCGCAAUGGGGAUCCGUAUUACGAGCCCAGGCGUUUGGUGAUUAACUCGAAGCGGAUUUCGACCUUCGACACGCUUCUGCGGGAGGUGACUGGCGGCGUGAGGGCUCCGUUCGGCGCGGUGCGGAGCAUCUACACACCCAAAGCCGGACACCGCGUCCAGUCCCUGGAGCACCUGCGGAGCGGAGAGCAGUACGUGGCUGCUGGACGAGAGAGGUUCAAGAAGAUAGAUUAUUUACAGAUAGGAACCAGGAAGAAAAGAGCGCUUCAGACCAAUGGAGAGCUGAAACCCGUUCCUCAGAGUCGUGUGAUCGUGUCUGCCAGAUUCCUCAAGCCCAUCAAAGAACCCUGCGCUAUAUUUGUUGUGGCAAAUGGAGACGUCCUGAAUCCAGCGGUGAGGUUGCUGAUUCCCAGCCGCGUGAUUGGCCAGUUUGAGCAGAUUCUGGAGAUGAUCACUGAAAGAAUGGGCCUGCGAAUCGUUGGGGGUGUCCGGAGCCUGUACACCUUUGAAGGGACUCUCGUUAUGGACGGAAAGGAGUUAGAAAACGGACAGUUUUACGUCGCUGUUGGCAGAGACAAAUUCAGAAAGCUUCCAUACAGCGACCUGCUCUUCAGUAAACCCAUCGGCAUGAAGAGAGUGAACGGGUCUAAAGCAGCAUCGCUACCACCGAUAAACCAAUACAGACGGCAGAAUGGAGAUGUGGGGACCCAUCAUCUGAGUAAGUGUGAGUGUGGACCGGAGAAGAGCAGUCCUCCGGCGCAGAGCUCGAAAGAGCAGCUGUCCUCUGUAGUCCGAGAGAUCUCACAGGCCAAGCUCAUGAACAUACGCAAGAAGAGGAGCGGACUCACGGCGUCACGGGAGACUCAGGACAACGAUGACGGAGAGGACAGAAGAGCAGAAGAUGAGAAAUCCUCACUGGUCCAGCAGGAGGCAGAGGAGGCCAGUCCUUAUAUAGACGACUCAACCAAAGCAGAAGGUGAAGCGGCCCAAAACACAGAAGAAUCACCGUGUGACGGAGAAGAAGAGAAGAAAGCAGAGGAUGAGAAAGAGGAAGAGAAGAAACCAGAGGAUGAGAAAGAGGAAGAGAAGAAAGCAUCAGAACCAGAGGCACAUGAUGACGGUGAAGAGAAGCAGGACGAAGAAGCUGAAGGAGGAGAUGAAGAGGAGAAACCAGAGGAAGGAGGAGAUGAAGAGGAGAACCAGGAGAACACAGAGAAGGAGGGAGAGCCGGUGGAGGAGAAUCCAGAUCCCAGUGAGGACGCAGCCGCAGAUACUGAAUGA